AUGGCGCGGGAUGGCGCGGAGUGCGCGCCAAUGCGUUCGGCGGCCCAGCGUGCUGCGGGACGGCAGUGGGCUAAGUGGUCCGCCGACAACGCCGUGCGGCGGCUGUCGGGCGAGUUGGGGAGGACUCGGGCCCGUCUGGAGGCCGCGGAGCAGGCCUUGGGCGCGGUCAUCGGGGAUGACGAGGUGGCCCAUAGGCCGCAGGCGAUGCUCCCCGCGCUGCAGGCCACGCUGGGCGGGUGGACCCCAUCCUGGCUCGAGCGCCUGCGCCGCAACGUCGCCCUCCAUGCCGAGGCGCAGGGCAUGGACAUCGUGGCGGCCAGCGCGGCGGAACUACGUUCUGCGCAGCGGGGACCCCGGCUGGAGCGGCGCGCGGCGGCCGAUGGCGCGCUGAGGGCGGAUGCGCCUCCCUUCGUCCCCCUCGGCCCCAUCGGCGCUGGCGCGCCUGGCGGCGGCGUGCCCCACACGCCGCACGACGCCAACCAGCUGCUGGCGGACCUCAUCGCCUACGCCGCCCCCAUGCAGGAGGCGCUUCUCGGCGAGGGUUGCCAGCACGCGCAGACCGACGGCAUCGACACGGAGCUGGAGGCCGCCUACGGCGGGAGCGGCGGGCCGCAGCUCGGUGGCCCCCAGGGCGCUGCGGCCGCCCGCGCCCGCGACCUAGCCGAGCUCCACGACGCCUUCGUGGAGGAGGUCUUCGUGUCGGCGAACGAGGCCUUCGGCGUCCAGGACGACCUGAACCAGCUGAUGGCUGAUCUGGCGGCGGAGCUCGGCGGCGAGGCCGACUCCAGGUACGCCGCCGCGGCGGAGCCCGGCUCUGGGACAGGUGGAUUCAGCCCACCGAAGUCGCAGUCCCAGGGUCGCGGCGAGUUCGAGAAGCCGCACGACGCGGAGGUGAACGCUGCUGGCAUCGCGGAGCUCGACGCGCUGUAUGCCGCUGCUGGGGGCACGGCGCUGGUGCACGGCAGCGGCGCGCGGGCCCGCGGCGGGGUCGCCCAGGAGGCCACCCUGAGCGGCGGCACUGCAGGCACCUCGGAGCCCAUCGGGCUGUCCGAGGGUGCUGGUGGCGAGGUGCUGCCGCAGGCGCCCGAGGGCACGAACAGCAGUGUGGUUGCUGCAGAGGCCGUGGCUGAGCAGGGCGCCUGCGCGGACCUCUCGGCGGAUGACCAGCGGGAGCGCCACUCGGAGCCGAGCCCGACCGCGCCCGAGAAGGCCUCGGGCCAUGGCGGUCGGCAUCGGGCGAGCUCCGAGCGUUCGGCGGCCCAGCGUGCUGCGGGACGGCAGUGGGCUAAGUGGUCCGCCGACAACGCCGUGCGGCGGCUGACGGGCGAGUUGGGGAGGACUCGGGCCCGUCUGGAGGCCGCGGAGCAGGCCUUGGGCGCUGUCAUCGGGGAUGACGAGGUGGCCCAUAGGCUGCAGGCGAUGCUCCCCGCGCUGCAGGCCACGCUGGGAGGGUGGGCCCCAUCCUGGCUCGAGCGCCUGCGCCGCAACGUCGCCCUCCAUGCCGAGGCGCAGGGCGUGGACAUCGCGGCGGCCAGCGCGGCGGAGCUACGUUCUGCGCAGCGGGGGCCCCGGCUGGAGCGGCGCGCGGCGGCCGAUGGCGCGCUGAGGGCGGAUGCGCCUCCCUUCGUCCCCCUCGGCCCCAUCGGCGCUGGCGCGCCCGGCGGCGGCGUGCCCCACGCGCCGCGCGACGCCAGCCAGCUGCUGGCGGACCUCAUCGCCUACGCCGCCCCCAUGCAGGAGGCGCUUCUCGGCGAGGGUUGCCAGCGCGCGCAGACCGACGGCGUCGACGCGGAGCUGGAGGCCGCCGACGGCGGGAGCGGCGGGCCGCAGCUCGGUGGCCCCCAGGGCGCUGCGGCCGCCCGCGCCCGCGACCUAGCCGAGCUCCACGGCGCCUUCGUGGAGGAGGUCUUCGUGUCGGCGAACGAGGCCUUCGGCGUCCAGGACGACCUGAACCAGCUGAUGGCUGAUCUGGCGGCGGAGCUCGGCGGCGAGGCCGACUCCAGGUACGCCGCCGCGGCGGAGCCCGGCCCUGGGACAGGUGGAUUCAGCCCACCGAAGACGCAGUCCCAGGGUCGCGGCGAGUUCGUGAAGCCGCACGACGCGGAGGAGGGCCGCCUGACGGCGGCGCUGCAGGCAAAGGGCCACGGCCAAUGGUGUCCGAAGGGCUGCUGGGGUCGAGGUGCUGCCGCAGGCGUCCGAGGGGCACGAACAGCAGUUGUGGUUGCUGAUGCGGCCGUGGCCGGCAGGAACGCCGAGCCGGGACCUCGCCAGGCGGGUGACCUGCGGGAGCGCCACUCGGAGCUGAGCCCGACCGCGCCCGCGAAGGCCUCGGGCCAAUGGCGGUCGGCAUCGGACGAGCUCCGAGGCGCGACGUCAGCCCUCCUAAUGGACCUGGAGGCGCAGCUGGCGGCCGUGUGGGAGCCCUCGGACAAGCGGCGGGCGCCGCUGGGCGACGGCUCACCGGCGGCCGCCCAGCCGCCGCAGGGCCCGAGGCACCAGCAGGGGCGCUGCGGCUCCUGGUGCGCCAAGUACUGGCCCAGGUUCGAGCAGCCCAAGAAGCAGCUCCGCAUGCAGACCGCGGUGGAGCUGCUGUGGCGCCUGAAGGACUGGUCUCGAAGGAUGUUCUCGAAGAUUCCGAGUGACAAUUUCGAGCUGCUUGGGCUCCCAGCCAAUAUGAGCGUCGCGCAGCAGGAUCACCGUCAAAAGGAGGGUGGCGACAGCGUGAGCUCCGAAGAGAUGAAGCCGGUCAACGAGAUCUUCCUAUCCAGACGCCAAGUAUUGGAAGAGGAUCGACAGUGGCGACUUUACGAAAGGCGCGGGGGCCGACCUGCUGGAGACCAUCGUCCGCGCGCGCUCGGAGGCGGGCGCCCAGCUGUGCGACCUGCGGUGCCUCAGGCAGCGGCUGCUCCUCCGCCAGGUGAACGACGAAGAGGCCACGAGGCUGACGCUGCUCACCGGGUACGACGGCGCG